GUUCGGAGCCGUUUGCUGUGUCUGAGUGGUUUGUGGGCUGGAAGACCAUGGCGAACUUACCGCCCGGAGACCCCAAGCUCGUAUCCCAGAUAGUUAAUCACCUGAAGAGCCAGGGGCUGUUUGACCAAUUUCGCAGAGACUGUCUGGCAGAUGUGGACACAAAGCCAGCGUACCAAAAUCUACGGCAGCGAGUUGACAAUUUUGUAGCCAACCACCUGGCAAACCACACAUGGAGUCCUCAUCUAAACAAGAACCAGUUACGGAAUAACAUCAGACAGCAGGUGUUGAAGUCUGGAAUGCUAGAAUCUGGUAUUGAUCGUAUCAUUUCACAGGUCGUGGAUCCAAAGAUCAACCAUAUUUUUAGACCACAGGUAGAAAAAGUUGUUCAUGAGUUUUUGGCCAACUUAAAUGGCAAAGAUGAUGUCAAGGUAAAUUCAGACCAAACUGAAGAGAGAUAUGAGUCGUCCGUUUCUGUCGCAGGUUCUGCACCUACAGCUGGACCAAGUACCAGUGUAGCAAGCGAUGCAAUGUCUAUUUUGGAAACCAUAAGCUCUUUGAAUCAAGGAGCGACCACUGCCCGAGCAUUAACUGAAACUUCAAACCAUAAAAACACUGACAAAACAGGCAAAAAACUCCAUACACAGCAAAGUGUGGACUCCAGCUUAGAGAGAGAUCAUGGUUUAGAGGACUCUCAUGAGGUUGAAAACCGAAUUUCAGAUAUGUCAGCAGAAGGCACAGAGAUGGCUCUGAGGCAGGAAGGUUUCAAUGGAACUUGCCCUCCACCUGAAGACGUUCAAAUUUCCGCUAAUGAUGUAAUCGGCUCAUCUGAGAGCAGAGGUGCAACAUUCGACGGUGACGAGCAAAGCGUUGAAGCAACAGAUAUAAGUGAAAAGAAAACAGAGGCUGCUGAAAAAGCAGAGACCGUGGAAGAAAAGAGAGAAUCGCGACCAGAGAAAAAGAAUGAAUAUUCCAGAAAAAGUGAUGAUGGCACAAAAUAUAUGAAAGAACGAGACCAGGAACCAGAAACCAUAAAACAUGCAGCCCCAGAAAAGAGUAAAAAUAAAAAGAAAACAGCUGAUGUUUCAAAAGAAGAGAGUGCUUCAGUGGAUUCUGAUAUGGAUGCUUUCUCGGAUAUCACUGUCAGCUCUGUCCACACUAGUGACCUGUCUUCAUUCGAUGAGGAAAGUGAAGAGGACGAUGCGGUGUCUGAGAGCACAGAGGAAGGAGAAAUUACUUCUGAUGAUGAAGACAAAGUGGAGAGCCAGAGCAAUGCCAAAUCUGCGUCUGAUCAGAGUGAGACAAAGCCGAAAUCAACACGUCACGCUUAUAUACAUAAACCGUACCUGUAUUCUAAAUAUUAUAGCGAUUCUGAUGAUGAAUUGACGGUAGAGCAACGUCGUCAGUCAGUUGCUAAAGCAAAAGAGGAGCGUUUUUUGAGAAGGCAAGUGAAGAGGGAGAGGCUGGAAGAGAAACGCAGACUGAAAGCUCUUGAGAAAAAUAAGACUUCAAAACCUAAGUCUCAAGGAGUGGAACACAAAUCUUCAAAGAGCCCAAAGGCUGCAAGUAUAAAGGAGGUGCUGAAGGAACAGAUGUUUCUAGAAAAGAAAGUAGCAAUGAGCAAGAAACUAAAGAGGCACAUGCGGGCUGAUAAGAAUAAUUUCAAGCAAAAAGAUGACCUAGAUGAGGACUCCAAAGACUCACAGAGAACAAACGAGUCCUGUGAAAAAAUGAUUCCAUCCAUAAAGGAAACCAAGCAUAAUCCAACGAAGAAUGAUGUUAAGCCGUCCAGAAAUCUAGGAGAAGAUUCAAGCUUAGAAAAGGAACAUAAACGGAAAACCCCCUUACAGAUUGAGAGGUCACAACAUGAUGAUGUGCGAGAAUCAAGAAAAGUCUCGGAAAGGUCCGAAACCAACUCUGAUGACCAAGAGAAAAAUAAAAAUGUGUCUAAACCAGAUAAGCAUGCAAAGAAAGAAAGUGGUGAGGCUGAAGCACAAAACACAAAAAUCAAUCCAAAGAAAGAGCCAAAACUGCAUAAGAAUGGGCGUGAAAGAACUUACUCAGAGGAUCAUUCAUCCUCAAAGCAUAAGUACAAGACCGAUAAUGUACAUAAAGCUAGUGAGGAAUCUGACCUACAUAGGCUCAAGAAAAAUUCAAAAGAAGAUGAUAAUUUGCGAAAGCGAAGUCAGAGUAAAUCCAGUUCUGAAGAAAGGUCAGAUCGAAAAAGCAAGCACAAAAGUGAUGGAAAGUCUUCUGUGUACGGUAAAGAGGAGAAAAUCCCUUCCGCUGAGCAUAAGACUGAUGGAAACUCACACAAAGAUGGCUUUAAACGUGAGCGGCAUCAGUCUACAGACAAAACAAAGUCUGACCACAGGUAUAAACGGUCUCUUAGUGAUCCCAGGCCACGAAGAGAUUCUCAGGGCUCUUCGAGGGAACAUAGUGUUUCUCAAAAGAAGUCAAAGAAUGAUGUAGAUUCAGCCAACUCGGAUAAUUCAAAGCAGGAGGACAGCUCACACAAAGACAAAAGAAUAAGGCAAAUCUCAGAGGACAGAGCUUCGACCAAGGCAAUCGCUAAAAGUAGCAGUAGCAGAUCUUUAAAAGCAGGUGACCCAGAGGAAACGAGCCAAAAGUCUGAAAAAGAUAAAAGUUCUUUGGGCAGUCAUAUGGAAAAACACCGUAAAUCAAAGUCUGUAGAUAAAGACAGAGAGGAUAGGAUUGAGACUGUUGCCCAGUCCUCAAAUAGUGUAGCCAAAGAAAGCAGUCAUAAGUCUAAACAUUCAAGUGAAAAAGGCAGAGAGAGAUCACGGAGUGAACACAGGGAACAUUCCUCUUCCAAGAAAUCCUUAGGAGAAAAAAGUAGCAACUUAAAGCACAGCCAUAAGGAUGCAAAACGGAAGGAAGAUAACAGUAAGCAGCAAGAGAAGCCUGGAAAGCAAUCUGAUGAGAAGAGGUUACAGGAACGAGGAAGCAGUCUAGAUACCAAGUCAAAUAAAAAGGCCACUGGGGAGAUGAAAGGUGAAAGCUCCAGAGCAGCUGGAACUAAAAAAUCAUCAAAGCCUGAAAGUGAAAAUGAUGGAGCUAGUGCAGGAGAACUAGCCAAGGUCAGCACAAGUUUCAUUCCAACAGAAGCUAAAGACCCGUCAUGCAAUUCUAAUACAGGGCGACCGGAUGAGAAUUCAAAGUCUGGAAGAACAGUCAGUGAGACAAAGGAAGCGACGGAGCCAGCGGUCACGGACUUUAUGACAGAAUCGUAUGAAACCAGUAAAGGACUUUCUUUAAAAUCCAAAUCUAAAAAUAUGCCCAGUUCUACCAGGACGAGCAACGCUAGUAGGAAUAUAUCUCCUAUUAUACCUACUUUAGAUUUCCAUGAAACAAAGGAUCUUAUUACAUUGAAACUGCAUUCUGCGGUGAACAGUGCGGCGAGUAUGUCAUGUUCUGGCACCACAGCUGAGGGAUCCAAUGACCGUGUGUGUAAUUCCAGGAGCUCUUCAAGGAAAAAUAGGAGUCUGGAAAACAGAUCUGCUGUCCCUCAGACCAGUGGAAAUGAAAAUCUUUCCUCUGAACAGAGAGAUACAUUUCUGGAAACAAAUGUUGGUGAACAUUCAAAGAUGUCUCGUGCUGCAGCGGUAUCUGAAAUAACUGGUUCAAGUGAUGCAGAGAUAUCUACAAGUGACGCAGCUGGCGAAGAAGGAAAGAAUGUUGCAGAACAGACGGCUAUAUCUGCCAGCUCAAGCUUCACGCCAAACACUUCUCUGACAUUGUCAGAAUUGGACAAUACAGUUAGUGGAAAUGAUGUUGAGGAGGAUUCUGUAAUGGACACACUACCAGUUGCAACAGAAAGCAAUAGGAUGAGUAUUGCAGAUGAAAAUGCUUCACACUGUGGUGUAGAAGACAACAGAUUUAAUAUCGUGUGUACUGAAAGCAAUGCAGAGAGCAGUGUUACGCAGACUAAUGUUGGAGAGACAAGACAACGGUCCAAUCAGCAUUCAGAAAUGGGGCCAAACACCACCUCUUUUAGGGGUAGAAAUCACAUGGAGUGUGAAGGUGCUUCAACCUCAUCAAGACCCAGAGAGAAUGCUGCAACAUCGUCUGACAGUUGUGUGGGUACAGACGGCGCAGAUAAUUCUAGAAAGGGGAUUGUUUUAACAUUUCCAAGUUAUGGAGAAAAUACUCACUCUACUUCUGCUGAAGCUGAUGUUUCAUCAGAAGAUGCAGAUGCUACAGUGUUAUCCGAAAACAGCUUUGAAGAUGCAACGACUACUUCUUCUUAUAGUACAAAUGACCAUGGCGAUCAUUUUUCAGAAGGAGCCAGGGAGAACGCAGCAACUUCUUCUCAGGGUGCAACUGAAGCUUCGACAGAGGAUGAGGCGCCUGUCGGAAAUGUUACAAUGAAAGCAGCCACAUCAUCUGUUGCCAAUAGAUCAUCUUCAGAUACACAGGAAAAUGCAGCCACUUCAUCGGAAAACACCGAACCCAAUAUGAGUGUAACUUCUGAAAAUGUUAUUGCGCACGCAGCAACCUCUUCGGACAGCACGGCAGAACAUGAGACUCCUUCUAAAGCUUUUCAGAAUGGCAUUACAAAUGCAGCAACCUCCUCAGACAGUGUAGCAGAAAGGGAUGGUGUCCAAAGAGUAUCUAUGCUUCCAGUCACCUCCUCAUACAACACAGAAGAAAGCAAUGAUGCUGCUCCAAGAGCGUCUGAAAAUGUUACUACGCAUGCUGCCACGUCUUCUAGUAGUAUGAUUAAUAGUAGUGGAGAACUGAACGCUGAGGGUUCCUUGGUUUCUUCUGAAAAUGACAAUGAAAAUUCCGCUGCUUCAUCUAGUAGUGCUAUGGACAGCUGCAUGUCCGAGAACUCUAGAGUUUGGCUUAAAAAUCCAGUAGAACGGGAUGAGAAUGCAGCAAGUUCUUCAAGCACUGUACAUAGAAACUAUCGAAAUGAGCAUAAAAAUAACAAUUUUAGCCACGUUGAGGACAGCAAGAAUGCACGGGCUACGUCAAGCACACAAGUUGAUGGUGCGUUUGGUGAUCGAUUUAUGGAGAUCAUAUCUUCGGGUACAUUGAAGGAAUAUUCCGUGAACUCUUCUGAUAUUCCAAUGGACAGCAGCACAGAAGCAUCUGAUUCGGUGGAUCGGCUGCACUGCUCGAGUAGUGGCACAUCGCAAAGCCGUGAUUUUGAAAAAGAUGUUAGCCUGGAAAAAGCAAAAGAAAAUAACACGGCAUCAUCCAGCAGUGCCUUAGAUAUUGGGGUAGAUGUCGUCUGCCAAGGUCCUGUAGUUCAUAACCAGAAUGGUGGGGAGGAAGCUGCUUCAUCCUCCUCCAGUUCUUACAUGGAGAAUAGCGCGUUACACAGAGAUAAUACACCAAGUUCUGAAAAUCCAGAAACUUCAGCAUCUUCAAGUAUUGCAAUGAAUAGCAGUAGUGAACAAGUGGAUGUUUCAGUCACAUGUCCAGGGAACAGUAAUGAUAAUGCAGCAACAUCGUCCUCUAGUAAUUCUGAUAAUAGAGCAAGCGAUGUCUGUGAAACCAAACAAAAUAAUGUGCAAGCUUCGACCUCCUCAAAUAUUGCCAUGGACAGCAGCACAGGAGAGGACAUGGAUGUGGAGUUCGCAACAGACAUGGAACGUGGGGCAAGUACAGCAACAUGCUCGAGCUCUUUAAAUAUUGUCGGUAUGGAACCAAAGAGUGAACUGUCAGAAAGAGACAUUGGCAUAUCGGCGUCUUCAAGCUCUGCAGCUGAUGGCUGCUCUAAAGAGGAAACAGAUGUUAUCAUUUGUAAAGAGCGGCUUAGUGAAAAUGCAGCCACGUCCAGCGACAUGAUGGACAGCAGCACUGAAAACAGUUUUACACUUUCUAACAGCGCUAUUUGUGCGACCACAUCGACCAGUAAUACAGGGGUAGGAGGUGCAGACAAAACGAUGGAUCGUGGCUUUAAUAUAUGCUGCGAAAUUAAUAGUGAAGCCACAGCAGCGUCCUCCAGCAGCGUCACAGAUGACAACUCAAAUAAUGGCGGACACGAUGCAACGUCUUCAAAUUAUGUGAUGGGAAGUAGCACUGGUAUAGAAAAUCUGUCUCUGACAUACCUAGACAAGAAUGAGGAGGCGGCCAGCUCUUCGGGUCUAAUCAGUGUUAUGAAACUGCCCGGCUCGGGAACAGACGAGCCCAUUGGAAGCCAAGCUGUUGAGCAUGCUACAACCUCAAGCAUGGAAAGGACUAACAAGUCUGUUAACAGUUUUAGCGCUGCAGACAGAGAGGAAGAUGACAAUAGUGAAAGGGACUGUAGUAGUGUUGAGGCAGCAGCAGAGUCCAGUCUUGCGGUCUCUCAAAAGGGCAUAUGUGUCAUAGUUACAUCAGAGCAAGGAGUCCUCUCAGGGCAGAGUAUUUAUAAUAAUAAUAAUGAACCUGUAAUAAACUCCAAUGAUAUCCACAAUAUGGAGUAUGAAAGAACUGAUGAAAAGGAGGAUGCUGUCAGUAGUGCCAGCUCAGAAGAACAAAAGUUCUGCUGCAAUAGUUCUAGACAGGACCGUGUAGCACCUAGAGAUGGGGAAACCGAUAGUGCCGUGACCAGUGUAGGCAGUGAGGUGGGGGAGUCCUUGAGCACGAAUGAUAAUUGUGAGGCAUUUAGCCAUGUGACCUUUGGAGAUGUGGAUAUGGGAAGCAGACCUGUAAGCUGUCCUGAAGAUUCUGCGGUUUCUUUUUCCAGUGGUGGAAACAUAAAUGACAAUCAGAUGUCUGAAGCUAACUUGGAUACCAGAGUGACAGAACACUCAGACAGCGGCCCUUCUUUUGAAGCUGGAAAUUGUGAAACGGGAGCAAGUGCAGAUUGCGAAACGGAAAGACCAACUAACAAAGCCAUCAUUGAAGAAGGCGAAGGGACUGUUACCAGUACUGGAAUCACAGAGGAAAAUUACAGUGAAAAAAUGAGACGAGGAAAUCAAGAUGGUGAAACGUCCUACUCUGGUACAGAGACUGAACAAGGUAAUGUUAUGACCAGACAAGAAACUAGAAGCCUUGGUGUAGUAGUAGAUGACGAGAGUGCCAUCACAAGUACUGGCGCUAAAGAAGACGAGGAAGAAGGUGAGGGAUUUGUUACUAGCACUGGAACAGCAAGUGAAGACUCUUCAUUCUCCACUGGGACAGAAGACAAUUCCAAUAGUGCUGUAAUGCAAGAUCAAGAGAAUGUUACAGCUUACGCUGAGGUUGUACAGGAAGAAAUCAAUCUUGAACAAGUGAGUGCUGAAGAUACCACUGAAAGUGUGAGAAUGACUGGUGUUCAAGAACACUUACAGAAUGUGGAAGACAUUAAAUGCACAGAAGAAAUGGACUUAACUUGUGUGUCAGGGGAAAACACAACAGGUGAAUCCGAUACCCUAUCUAACAAAUGUGAAAUAAAUACAAUGCAAAUGCCCAGUAUGGAUACCGGUGGUUCUGAGCAUGGUGAGAAGGUUGAAGAAGAGGCAAGGAAUGAGGUGGCAAACACUGUGGAUGAAACGUUGGUGGACCUUCAACAAACAGAGGCUCCUUUGACUGUUGUGACUAAUGAAAGAAACCUGUCUGUGGAAUCUGAUUCAGUAAACGACGCUUCCUGUUCUGAAAGUAAUGUUUUGAAUCCAGGAGGUGGUGACACAGACAGCUUUAAAUGCUCAGUUUCAGAUAACGAUGGUGUAGAUGACGCAAGAGAAUUGGACAAUAACAAUAAUGAAGAUCCUCGGUCAAUGUCAGAGCAAGAAAACCCUCUGACCACUUUAGAAUCCAGUUCAGUCCAACCAGUGAGUGAGGCCAGCGCCAACGAUCCCCUCUCUCACAGUGUGUGUGGUGAUAUUGGCACAGCAGAGCCUGAAAAUCUACCCAAAAGUGAACUUUCUGAAGAUGGAAACAUGGCUCCUGUUCCAGAACCUGUCAAUACUGCGAAGGAAAAAGAGGAACAGUCAAGCCUUGAGGAAAAUGAAGAGACUGAGAUGUGUAAAACUGCUGAAACUGUUGCUGAAGAUCUCCUCCCUAAAGCUGAUGCUGAAGCUGCUCCUUCGCACACAGAUGUACAGGGUGAAACCUGCAAAGAAGAUAAUACGGACACAGAUUUGGCAGUAGCCUCGAACGCAGGUGGUUUUCCAGCAACCACAGAUGUUGAAACGUCUCUUGUGAAGACUAAGGAGGAAGAAACACUUGACUUUGUAGAGGAGGAUGCCUCCAGGAAUCUGAAUACAGGUGAAAGAACAUUACCCCAAAUUGCAGAACCAUGUGAAUCCCCCACCGCACAAGUACAAGAGAUUGAGAGAACAGAGGAGGCAUGUCUACCCGAAAGGACAGAAUCAGAUAAUGUCCCUGGGAAUGAGCUUUCGGAUCAGGAUGCAGAGCCACAGGUUUCAGAAGAAACUGCGGAAUCUGCUCCGGUAGAAAAGAAAAAAUCAAGAGGUCGCAAAAGUCUUGCAAAAGCUGAACCUAUCAAAGUGACCAAAGAAACUGAAGAGACGCAUGCGUCCUGUAUAAAAUCAGAAGAGGGAAGUGAACCUAAAAUUGAAACGGAUAAAAGGAAAAGAGGCAGGCCUCCCAAAAAACGUAAUCUGUCUGAAAACUCUACUACCGGCUCGCCGGUGAAGAACAAGUCCGCUCCAGGAGUGAGCAACACAGAUGAACAUCAUGGAAACACAAGUAUGAAUAAAGUGGCAUCUGAUGAGACAAAGGCAGAGAAGUGCAUCCAAAAAUCUGAUGUGGGCAACAGUGGAAAAUGCGGAGAGACUGUAAAACGAAGAGGGAGACCAAAGCGUUCCCUUAGUACUUCAGAGGCUGAAAGUUCAGAACCAGAAAAGAAACGCAGAAAAUCACAGGCUGAUGAAGAGGAGGAAGAUGAUAAAGAAGAGUCUGAGAACGAUGAAGAUGCAGAUGAGCAUAAAGGGGCUACCACAAGAGCAGCAUCUCGCUUAGAAGCGCAGAGGAAACUUCCACCCAAACCAACUACGCGGGCUGCUUCAAAACUGGGCAGUCCUGAGCAAUCGUCUUUAAAAGAGAAAAAGCGCAAAGAGAAAUCUUCCCAUGAGUCCCCAUCUAACAGGAUGGCAAGUACAAGAUCAAAGACACCACAAUCACAUGGAACAAAAAGACGGAGAGAGAGAAGUCCUCAAGUGGUACGAACCAGAGGUCAACAAGCAUCCGAAGACAUGCCAACAAAAAGAAUUAAACGGCAGUGAUUUGUAUUAGUCAUGGGGAAAA